AUGGAAGAAAAUGAGAGUGUGAAAAAUAUUUGGCAACACGUCUACAUAGUUAUCCUUUCUAUACAUACAUCAUUUCCUUGCCUGAAUCAAGGGUUUCGUGUGGAUGCAGAACUUAGAGUUAGACAGAAUCCGACUGAAGACUUUGAAGAAGAAAUCACACUUGGUGGUGUCGAUAACCGCCAAUUCGUGACUCUAUUUUUGAGAGACAUUUUCAUCGGUCGCUAUUAUACAGUUUUCGAUGUUGGCAACUCUCAAAUAGGUUUUGCACAAGCCUGGGACCACAAACUCAAACCUAUCAGCAAACGAGUUCGUGCGUUUAGACUCCUGAUUUUGCAAAUCGGUGAAACACCAUUUCAUAAAAACAACUGA